AUGGUCCAAGGAGGCAGUUUGCGAAGAAGGUCGUUGCCGAGGAUAAUGUUGUAUGCAUCGGCUACUCCCGGUAUACAGGCGGAGUCGGUGAAGAACACGGGUGAUCGAAAGUCAAGGAGCCAAUUUCGAAAGCGAGAGAGGCGCAUCCAAGGAGGCGCACUGGUACACCGGCCAUACCGACGGCGCUAA